UGAUUUAAGAAAGUAAUAAACCUUUUUUCAAAUUAUUCUUCUUUUCUAUUUUUCUAACAUGGUAUCAGAGCUAUAAGCUCCGGAUUCUUUUCUCUUAUCAUCGCUGUUGGGUUUUUUUGGAGUUUGAUUUUCAAUUCCAUUCCAAAUCUAAAACUUUGUCGUUGGGAUCUCUUCUCCUAUAGAUUGAAUUGUUUAUCCUCGAUUCUCAAGCCCUUUCUGAGGUAUUUUGUUGGUUUGUUAUUUCGAUCUUGGCAUCUAUUUCUUCAUAUUUUUAGAGUUUUUCAGUAUUGUGAGUUUAUUGAUUCUAUGGCGAGUUUUGAAAGGGUUGUAGCUCAUCCUACUACUGCUAUGGUUGCCAAAGAAGUGAUAGAACAACCUAAUGUCAACCUUGAAUCCCUAAAACAGGACCCAUGGACAGGACAACUUCUUGGAACUGGUCGCAACGUGGGGCGUUUGUUUGAGCUCAACUAUCUGCAUAUUCUUGAUAAUAAAAUGGACACACCAUCAUUUCCAAAUGAUCGAUUCAUCCAAACCCUGCUUUGUGUUGUUGAAUUAGAGUCUUUGCAAAUUCCAUAUCAACAAAUCUUCCAAGCCUAUGCUGCUACUAACAUUUCUCCUCUCCAUUUGUGGCACUCAUGACUUGGACAUACCUCAAUUGGUAAACUUCGUCCACUUAUCUCUCGUGGUUUAUUAGGAUCAAUUUCGAAUGAAUCUAUGCAUUGUGUGUCAUGUCAAUCUGCAAAGUAGCCAACUUUAUCUUUUUCGAGUAGUCAUUCUCAUUCUCUUGCUCCUUUUGAUUUCGUGCAUUCUGAUGUUUGGAGUCCAUCUCCUACACCCACCAUGGGGGGCUCCAGGUACUUCGUGUUAUUUAUUGAUGAUCAUACUCAUUUUACCUUAAUAUACCUUAUGAAAAGUC